CGAGCGAGCGGGGCGGGGCGGGAGGUUGCUAGUGGAGGAGGCGUGAGUUCGCCUCAGAGUAUAGUGUGGUCGUGUCUGGUACAGUGGGGGUCUCCGUUGCUACGUGACCGGCAAGACUCAGCAUGCCCGGCGUGAAGCUGACCACCCAGGCCUACUGCAAGAUGGUGCUACACGGCGCCAAGUACCCGCACUGCGCGGUCAACGGGCUUCUGGUGGCCGAGAGGCAGAGGCCGCGCAAGGAGCAUCCGCCGGGCGCGGGCAGCCAUACUCUCUUCGUGGACUGCAUCCCGCUUUUCCACGGCACGCUGGCCCUGGCGCCCAUGCUGGAGGUGGCGCUCACCCUGAUUGACUCAUGGUGCAAAGAGAACAACUAUGUAAUCGCCGGCUAUUAUCAAGCUAAUGAGCGUGUGAAGGAUGCCAGCCCAAACCAGGUAGCAGAGAAGGUGGCCUCCAGGAUUGCUGAGGGCUUCAGUGACACUGCACUCAUAAUGGUGGACAAUGCCAAGUUCACGAUGGACUGCGCAGCACCUACGAUCCAUGUAUAUGAGCACCAUGAGAACAGGUGGCGAUGCAGAGACCCACACUACGACUACUGUGAAGAUUGGCCAGAGGCACAGAGGAUCUCAGCAUCACUCCUGGACAGCCGCUCCUAUGAAACGCUCGUUGAUUUUGAUAACCACCUGGAUGACAUUCGGAAUGACUGGACAAACCCCGAGAUCAACAAAGCAGUUCUGCACCUGUGCUAGACUAGGGCUACCACAACUGGACACUCCACUACAGAGAAAAGAGAAACAUAUUUUUGAAUUUAGAGAAUAGUGGGUUAGCCUGAUGGAAAGCUGCAAGUCUGUGAUGUGUGCCUUGGAAGGGGAGUCCAGUCGGCAUCCUUCAGGGCAGGGCUGUGGAGAGGUAUGGGCCACCUAGGCUUUAGUCCUGUGCUGCCCAUCAAAGCUCUUUGUUUGUUCCAGGUUGUUCUAUUAAACAAUUCUAGUCUUUUAUAAUCUAGAGAGAAUGCAUUUUAUUCAGUCUUUACUCCAGUGAGUGUGUAAGUCUUUACUUUGACUGAGCCAACUCCAGGCAUGCUGGCAUCCUGGCAUCAGGCAGCCUUAUGGACUGCUGCUGGAGCACUAUCUGAUCAGCCAUGUUGGUAUCUGGGCUAGGAGCUGUGGGCUCCACAAGGCUGCACAAGGGAAAGAGCCAGCACCAUUGCCUGAGAAACCUCACUGUUAAAUGAACACAAGCACAUUGGUGGUGAGAACAGAGAUCCCAUGAGGAGAGGAAGCCGAGCCCAUGAACAUUCCCAAAGCCUGACUCAGCUGCUCUGGGUCUUCAAAGUGAGAGCUGCUUUGUAUUUAAAAUAAGCAAAAAACAAACUUACCAAAAAAAAAAAAAAA